GCGCUGAAGCCAGACGCAGGCCGGGCGGAAGCAGGCCCGGCGCGCUGGGCGGCGGGAGCGCGGGGCGGGCCUUUAAAGAGACAGUCCCCCGGGCCGGUUCGCCCACGGGAACUGCUGCUGAUGAGGGCUGGGUGGCUCCGGGAGUCGGGAUCGAGGAAGUAAAGCAGAAGCAGGGCUGUGUGACACCCCCUGGAGCAUCCUGCCAUCUCCCUACCCCGUCGGGGUGCCCAGCCAUGGCCAGACCACCAGCCACGGGCUCAGUGAUUGUCCCAGACUGGCACGAGAGCGCCGAGGGCAAGGAGUACCUGGCCUGCAUCCUGCGCAAGAACCGCCGGCGGGUGUUUGGCCUGCUCGAGCGACCAGUGCUGCCCCCGCCCGUGGCGAUAGACACGGCCAGCUACAAGAUCUUCGUGUCUGGAAAGAGUGGCGUGGGCAAGACGGCGCUGGUGGCCAAGCUGGCUGGCCUGGAGGUGCCCGUGGUACACCAUGAGACUACUGGCAUCCAGACCACCGUGGUAUUUUGGCCAGCCAAGCUGCAGGCCAGUGACCGUGUCGUCAUGUUCCGCUUUGAGUUCUGGGACUGCGGGGAGUCUGCGCUCAAAAAGUUUGAUCACAUGCUGCCGCCUUUCCAUCCCCAGGCUUGCAAGGAGAAAACAGACGCUUUCCUCUUCCUCUUCUCCUUCACCGACCGUGCCUCCUUUGAAGACCUCCCCGGACAGCUGGCCCGAGUAACAGGCGAGGCCCCUGGUGUCGUCAGGAUGGUCAUUGGCUCCAAAUUUGACCAGUACAUGCACACGGACGUGCCUGAGCGUGACCUCACAGCCUUCCGGCAGGCCUGGGAACUGCCCCUCCUGCGGGUGAAGAGUGUGCCAGGGCGGCGGCUGGCAGAUGGACGCACACUGGAUGGGCGGGCUGGGCUGGCUGACAUUGCCCACGUGCUCAACGGCCUGGCGGAGCAGCUGUGGCACCAGGACCAGGUGGCAGCUGGCCUGCUCCCCAACCCCCCAGAGAACACCACUGGCUGAGGGGCGGUGGCAUCAUGAGCAGGCACCUGUGAUCCCCACUCCUGACCCUCAGGUGACCCAGAGCAGAGGGCAGGAUGCAGGGCCUAAGGCUGGGGCAGGAAUAUUGAUCUCAUCCUGAGGACUGGCCACAGUGGCCUGGUCAGGGAGGAUGGUGGCCUGAAAGGCUCCUGCCCCAGCAGCACUUGUCUGGCAGAAUUCAUGGCAGUGAGGUGGGGGCACAAGGCUCUGUAGGUCUGAGGGCAUCUAGGUGACUUCUGGUCUUCUCCCUCCGCCCCGGGGUCUAGGCUCUCGAAACUGAGGAAUUGUAUUGGCAGGGCCCCGGGGCUCAAAUGUCCCCCACAACCUCCUGCUGCCCUUCC